AUGGCGGCCUCCAAUGUCCGCCCGCUGGCUAUAUUCACCAGCUACAUGGUCCUAGCCGCCGGGCUCACAGCAAAGUCUAUUGGCAUCAUUCGCAAUCAGCGGCGCGCCUCGCUUUCGCGAAAUGGGGCAGUCGCUGCGCCAGCCCACCGUCGCGCUCUUGUGGUGUUCAGCGCGCUCGCGGCCUUGAGCCUCGCGACGACCUGGUAUCACAUGUUUCGCUUCUUCGAGUGGUCGUAUGGUCAAUGGGCAACGACACAGGCACCGGCUGGUCUUGACUCCACCGAACUGAGGCUCGGCGAGUGGCUGCACGACACCUCUCUAUUCAAGCAAGCUUGGGCGUCAACCCUUGAGACUGGCCCGAGGGCCUGGUGGUCGUUGCAAAUAUUUGGGUUUUGCGCUAACUGGAGCGCCAUACUUGCGGCUCAAGCUCAGAGAAGGUGUAUCUCACAUGCUUGGAUAUUCGUACUGCUUGGUCAAGUUGUUGCGAUCUCCUUUGCGUCAAAUCUGUCUUUCCUCGCAAUACUCUGCAGCGAAACCCCAGAACGAAAAACAAAUGAUGGCAAACGAUAUCGCCAGACUGUGUCUUCAUUCUCUAUUCAUUCCGUCAUUCUCUUCGCUACCCUGUUAUGGGCAAUGUCGAUCCCCUCCGCCAUCAACCACCCCAAGUUCUUAUCCUUGCUACUUGGUCCACACUUGCUGGCAUUCGUACCGUUGCUUCUGAAUAGGAUCUUGCCGGCGCAAAUGUUGGGCGAGCCAGCGUGGCACUGGAAAGUUGCGUCGAUGAUAUGGGUGCUGGUCGUAGCCACGCUUGGGGUCUUCGACAGCGGUGCGAGUCUCAAGACUGCGCUUGUGACGUUAUACGAACAUCCUGCGGUUAGCAGUGUCGGAUGGGAUGUUAUUUGCUGUUGGAUCAGCUUCACGGUCUGGUCAAUCAUCGGAUCUUCCUGA